CGUGGCGGCCGACAGUGCGACAGGGAAGGGAAGGAGUGGCCGUGGCGAUCUGUCAUAACUUUUCGCCCGAACAAUUCCACAAAUUUUCCAAUUACAUGAACAUUUUUCUAGUGAACUAAAGUGUGUUAAAGGUGACAAGUUUCUCAUUACCGAGGGGAUUAUCAGCGUUUUGUCGUUACAAUGUCGUCCUCGGGUGAUUUUGGAAACCCGUUGCGUAAAUUCAAGCUCGUCUUUCUGGGCGAACAGAGUGUUGGAAAAACAUCGCUCAUCACGCGAUUUAUGUAUGACAGCUUUGACAACACGUAUCAGGCCACCAUAGGUAUAGACUUUUUGAGUAAAACCAUGUAUCUCGAGGAUAGGACUGUUAGAUUACAAUUGUGGGACACUGCUGGGCAAGAACGAUUCCGUUCACUCAUUCCCAGUUACAUCAGGGACUCCACCGUUGCUGUUGUGGUUUACGACAUUACCAAUGCUAAUUCAUUCCAUCAAACGUCAAAAUGGAUUGACGACGUGCGAACAGAGCGAGGCAGUGACGUUAUAAUCAUGCUGGUUGGCAACAAAACAGACUUAAGUGAUAAACGACAAGUAUCGCCUGAGGAUGGUGAGCGCAAAGCCAAGGAGUUGAAUGUUAUGUUUAUUGAGACAAGUGCUAAGGCAGGAUACAACGUCAAACAGCUGUUCAGAAGAGUAGCUGCUGCCCUGCCUGGCAUGGACUCGACAGAAAAUAAACCACCAGAAGACAUGCAAGAAGUAGUUCUCAAGGAUACACCAAUUGAACUGAAAGCAUCGGAGAGCAGUUGUGCAUGCUAAGAGCUAAAUUAAACAAAGAACGGUCCUAAAUAAUGAAAAAACAAAUGGUAGAGACGAAGGAUAAUUUUUUAAUAUGAAAGAGCGAACGCUAACUUAAUUCGAAUUUAUAACGAAAUGAUUGCGAAUUUAUCGUCGAGAAGAAUCAGAGUUGUCUGCUUGGUUUUCCCUGUUUUUCAGUUACAUUAUUUUCACGCAUAAUUUAUUUUUUCAAUCAUUGUGAGGCAGGCACUGACUCUAAGAGGUAAUGACUCAUUUGCAAUAAAGUUUAUCCGAGCAAGGGUGUAAUUUAAAUUAAAUUAUUGCUAUUUUAAGAGGCUGGAUUGAAUCGAGUUCAUGAUUUUGUUUUGUUUCAAUGUGGUUUGAGGUGUUUGGGGGCGGUGAGACGUGAUUAUUCAAAUGUGACGUCUGUUAAUUGGACAUUUAUUCCGGAAAUGAGUGAGUUCAGGAGGAGAGAUCGAUAUUUUUUCUUCUAAACGUACUCGUUAUCGAGGUAAUUGCAUAUUUAAUGGAAUGCGAAUUUUAUUUGUUUCGUCACCUUUUACCUCUUCUACUGAAUUAUUCAACCGAUAAUUGAGUCUUUCAGUUGUAAUAUGACUGACAUGAGGGGUUUUUUAAGGGUCUCGAUACACGAAGACAUGAGUCUGUUGAAAAUUACUCCCGAAUUCUAGAAUUAAAUUCAAUAACUAUUAGCAGAUUGGUUUUUUUCAUGGGAAAUUUCAACUGAAAAUAUUGACAUUUUUAGGGGAUUCAUUGCAGUUUUUAUUCUAAUUUUUGUGAUAAUUUCCGGAAUGUGAAUACGUUAUCAAAUUGAUAGACUUUUAAAUUUGAGGAAUUUUUCUGAGGAAUUUUUAUUAAAAAAAAUCGCAUGGCAAAAUUAAAUAAUUCUAGUGAAAACUACAAUAUUUUUCGGAUAUUUUUGCUUAAAACAUUUGAUUUUUUACUAAACUUUCUACUUUGUCUACUAGAAUGAAAAGAAGACUAGAGUUUUUUACAUUUUUAUUAAAAUUGUUAAAAGCUACCGCUGAAAUUUAUUAAUCGUGUAGUUGAUCACCUUUUCGUGCAGCACAUCCACCUUUCAGGAAUUUUCAUCUACAUUCUUAUAGAAAAUACAGUAACUCUCGUUAAAAUUACGAGAUUAUCGUGAAAUUUUCACUGGAAAUAUUUGAAUUUUCACUCAAUUUUUUCCCCCAUUCUACUAAAAUUUCACAAAAAUUACUAAAAUGCCAAUUAAUUAAUCAAUUACCAGAAUUCAUGAGUAAUUUUCAUCAGAUUAUUUCCUUCGUGCACUUCAAAAAAUAUCAACAGACCCAUCAAAAAUGAUAGACCGUUUCGUUAAUCCAGAGAAAAAUGAGAAAUUUAUUUUCCAAAUGCCUCUGACAUUUUUUUCAAGCAGAUCCACCAGUCGAAAUGACCUCAUGGCGAUCAUUUUCCAAUUGUUUAUCACGCAGGUAAUUGAAACUGAACGAAACAAUUGAUAAAUUAAUUUAAUUUGCAUUUCUUUGGUGCAAUAAAUCACGUGGUAGCUUAUACGCUUUACAAAUCCAUGAAUUCAUGUUAAAACCACAAAUUUCAUCAUCGAAAAGUUUCAUCCAUUAAUUAUCACUAUUAUUUGAUUUAUUUUUCAUAUGAAAUUCCGAUUUUUUCCCACUCAAAAAGAAACAAUGGAUUGAAUAAUCGAUAAAGCUCAUAUUUUUGACUCAAGUACAAUAAAUAGCAUUAAGAGAUGCUUACGCUGAUUUAAAAAAAGACUUAAGUUUGUCAUUUUUAAGUGGAAAUCGUGCUAUGGAGACAUUGACAUUCGAUGAAUUAUUCUUGUAAAAUUAACUACAAUUAAAUCCACAUAAUUCGAUAAAUGAAUACAAUUUUUAUAAAUGACCAAUCCAUUUCACUCUAGAAUUUUUACAAAAUAUAAAAUGAAUAUUUCAACUCGUGAAUAAAUUUUUGUGGCCAUUCUGUCGUGCUCAAGGCUCCACAAUCAAACGAAAAUUGACUCUUUAAUGACUAAAAUUCAUUCGCAGCAUUUAUUUUCCAAUUGUAAAUAAUUUUUGGGGAAUAACGGAUUAAAAAGUAACGAAAAGAAAUAUAAAACAUUUAAAUGUAGGUAAUAAUUUAUAUCAUGUCACUUUUUGUUAAUUCUUAUUGUAAUCUAUGAUUUGUAUUAAAAAGUGAAAAUAUUGAUGAAAAAAUUA